AUGGUAGCCAACAAACGGAUCGUCAAAGAGCUCCGGGACCUCAUGCGGGACAACAACCUCUACGGGAACCAGUACUCCGUGGAACUGGUGGACGACUCCAACGAGCACCUGAUCGGCACGAUUCUGGGCGCACCGGACACAUCCUUCCAGCGGGGGGUCUUCCGCAUAGACAUCACUAUACCCGACAGAUACCCGUUUGCACCGCCCGUCUGCCGAUUCCUCACCAACAUAUGGCACCCGAACAUCUCGUCGGUUACCGGUGCCGUAUGUCUGGACAUACUGAAGGACCAGUGGGCGGCCGCCAUGACCAUCGAGGGUGUGCUCAAGUCGUUGCAGUCAUUCCUGUCCACACCGGAGCCCACCGACCCCCAGGACGCCGUGGUGGCC